AUGGCUCCCAAAAAAGCGGUCCAGACUGCAAACACCAUUGUGAAAAUCAUCGUUGGCGCCGGUGCCGCCAAGCCCCAGCCUCCCGUCGGACCCGUGCUUGGAUCCAAGGGUGUCAAGGCCAUUGAUUUCUGCAAGGAGUUCAACGCCAAGACGGCCCAUUACCAGGACAACAUUCCCAUUCCUGUUGUGUUGACCAUCAAGCCCGACCGAACCUUCUCGUUCGAGCUCAAAUCGCCCCAGACCGCCUUCCUGCUUCUGCGAGCCGCCGGGGCCGAGAAGGGAGCUGCCAAAUACAAGCCUGGCCGGGAUCAGCCCGUUGGCCAGCUGUCUCUCAAACACAUUUACGAGCUGGCUAAGAUCAAGAAGAUGGACUCGCGACACAAGGACCAGCCUCUUGAAAACAUUUGCAAGUCCCUCUGUGGAACUGCGCUUUCUGUUGGCGUGGAGAUUGUUAACUAG